CGGCAGAACUACCUACCAUUGGAUGUGAAUCGAGUGUAAUUUAUAGUGGUGUCGACAACACUCGAAUCCCAUAAUGACCGAAGAAAAGGAGUUAAUAAAAAAGCGAGGCAGUUUUAAAGGCCGUUUAACUGCAUUUAUUAAUUAUUUGCAUACACUAACUGAUGAACCGUUAAGUCUCUCGGAUGCCAGAGAAUUACAAUUACGUAUGGGUAAAAUUGAGUCGUUGUAUGAACAGUAUGAUCAGGUACAGUUGCGCCUUGAAUGUAUAGUUGAUAAUAGUGAAGAGCAAUUUAAAGAGCGCUCCGACUUUGAAUCACAAUAUUUCAAGGCAAUCGCGAAAGCCCAAGGUUUACAAAAUGUUAAUGUUGAGACUAUGAGCAAUAUGGGUAGUGAUGGAGGUACUCGAGCGAGCAAUAAUCAUAAGCUGGUGCGUCUUCCGACCAUCCAGCUACCGCGAUUCAGUGGUUCAUACGAUGAUUAUUUGGAAUUUAGAGAUACCUUUACUAGCCUUAUACACAACAAUGAUGAAAUAGACGAAGUGAAUAAAUUUCACUAUUUGCGUGCAUCGUUAGAGGGUUCUGCUGCCGUGGUAAUUCAAUCAGUUGAGUUUUCAUCUAGUAAUUAUGCUGUUGCGUGGAAACUUUUGUGCGAUAGAUUUGACAACAAACGUCUGUUGAUACAAAAUCAUGUGUCUUCCUUGUUCAAUGUGGAAGCAAUAACAAGGGAGUCAUCAGCAAAUUUAAAGCGGUUAAUUGAUCAGGUAAAUAAAAACUUGCGGGCACUUGAAUCAUUAGGUGAACCUGUCAAACAUUGGGAUACCCUUUUAAUCCAUAUUAUUACCCAUAAAUUAGAUAGUAAAACUUAUAGAGAGUGGGAGGAAUUUAAGGGGCAUUCACAUAAAGAUACUUCAAUUACCUUUGACACCUUUCUAGAAUUUAUCCGAAAUCGUGCAGAUUUGAUUGAAACAUUAGAGCUUUCACGUGUCAAUCAGGGCAAUUUAAAUCAUAAAUCGACUAUGAAAUUAAAAUCUAUGGUUUCAGUUCAUGGCAGUCAUCCACAUCAGAAUUCCAAUACAGCAGAAUCACAUAAUCGAAUCUGCCCUAAGUGUAAGGGUGACCAUAGUCUAACCGGUUGCCCCCAGUUUCUUGCGUUGAGCGUUGAAGCGCGCCUAAAGGUACUAGCCAGUUUUAAGGUAUGUUUCAAUUGCUUUCGUGUAGGUCAUUUUGCUAAUCUAUGCAAAAGGCCAGGUUGCAAAAUAUGCAAGCGUCGACACAACACUCUGAUUCAUGCAGCCAAUGAUCAUCAUAUUCGUAAUGAAAAUAGAGUCGUAUCUGAAACUACACCUUUAGCGUCGUCUUCAACGACUGCUGCUUCUGACAAUGUAACUUUAGCAGCAAAUAUGUCUAGUUAUAAUAAAAUUCAAUGUGAUGUAUUAUUAUCUACUGCGUUGGUAAAAUUAUAUGACAAGAAUAAUCACGAACAUAUAGUACGUGCAAUAUUAGACAGUGGUAGUACAUCAAGUCUAAUGACUGAGAGAUUGUGUCGACAAUUAAAUUUGGAAACCUGUCAGGUAGAUAAGUCAAUCAUGGGUGUAAAUAACGCAACUUUACGCGUAGGCAAAACUUGUCAUGUGCACAUGACGUCGUUGAAUAACAGUUUCUCUUCUGAGCUUCAAUGUUAUGUUUUGCCAUCAAUCACAAGUAAUGUACCCGGUCACGAAAUUAAUAUUUCUAAUAUUGACAUCCCUACUGACAUUAGUUUGGCGGAUCCUACGUUCUUUGUACCAGCAGAUGUUGAUAUCUUGAUUGGUGCCGAUCUCUUUUGGGAUUUGGUAGGGACGCGGAGAAUAAUAUUAGGUAAGAAAAAGCCUGUAUUGUGCGAAACCAGAUUAGGGUGGAUAAUUUCAGGUCCUAUCUUUAGUCAUCAUGACACAAUUAUGCAUUUAAAUGAUAUAAAAUGUAAUUUUAAUAAAAUUGAUUCUAGUGCAAGUCAUGAUUUGGACGACAUUCGAGCUGACUUGACACGAUUCUGGCAGCUGGAAGAGAUAUGCUCCAAAUCAAAUUAUUUUCCGGAAGAAAGAAUGUGUGAGGAACAUUUUGUUGCGAACACAACGCGCCUCGAUGACGGUCGUUUCUGCGUCCGUAUACCGCUUAAACAUGAUUCUUCUGUUUUAGGUAAUUCGUUUCAUCGAGCGGAACACUGUUUAUUUUCUUUAGAGCGUAGGUUGACGAGCAAUCUUGAAUUGAGAGAUAUGUAUAGCAACUUCAUGACAGAGUAUAAAUCGCUUGGCCAUAUGUCAGAAUAUAAACAGCCUGAGGUAGAUGAAAAGGAAUAUUUCAUUCCUCAUCACGGUGUUAUGCGAGAUAGUAGCACGAGCACCAAACUCCGUGUUGUAUUUAAUGCCAGUUCUCCUACGACCUCAGGUGUUUCUUACAAUGACAUUCAAAUGAUUGGUCCCACCGUCCAAGAUGAUUUGAUAUCCAUAUUGCUUCGAUUUAGGCAGCAUAAAUAUGUUUUGUCUGCAGAUGUUGAAAAAAUGUACAGACAAAUAAUUGUCCACCCGUCUGAUAGACAUCUGCAGCAAAUACUGUGGCGUAGUAAUGUAGCUGAGCCAAUUACAAAAUUCAUAUUGAACACGGUCACAUAUGGAACAUCCAGUGCUCCAUUUCUGGCUACACGCUGUCUAAAGCAGUUAGGAAUCGACUGCAAGGAUGAUAAAAUUUCCGAGAUCAUUCAACAUGAUUUUUACGUUGAUGAUCUAUUAACGGCGGUAACGAUUUGGCUGAAGUUCAAGCUAUACGUAAGCAAGUUACUAAUGUACUUGCUUCUGCAUGUAUGCCAUUAA